AUGGGUGCAUCUUUAUGUUAUCCAUCAGACAAAACAUAUUCAGUAAAUGGAGCGAAAUAUACAGUUAAUAGGGUUUUAGGAGAGGGUGGAUUUUCUUUUGUAUAUUUAGUUAAAGAUUCAAAUUCAAGAAAAUAUGCAUUAAAAGUUAUGAUUUGUCAAACAAAUGAAUCAAUAAAUACAGCAAAAAGAGAAAUAAAUAUAUUUAAAACAUUUAAUCAUCCUAAUAUUAUGAAAUUGGUUGAUCACUCAUCAUCACAAUAUAGUCAAGAUGGAAAGCAGUAUUUAUUGUUACUUCCAUAUUAUAAGGAUGGGUCAUUACAGGAUUUAAUAGAUAAUCAAAGAAUUGUGCAUGGUAAACACACAACCAAGCCUUUAUUUGACGAAAAAACUCUAUUAAUAUUCUUUAAGAAAAUUUGUGAAGCUAUUCAGGUAUUUCAUACCCACGAACCACCAUUAGCACAUAGAGAUAUUAAACCAGGCAAUAUAUUAUUAGCCAAUUCAAACGAUGGGAUUUUGAACCCUAUUUUAACGGAUUUUGGGUCUGUAAAAGAAGCAAGAAUAAAAAUUUCAAAUAGAAAAGAAGCAUUAUCGUUUCAAGAUGAGGUAGAACAAAAUACAACACCAUUUUACAAAGCACCAGAAUUAUUUGAUAUAGCGAGUGACUGUGUCAUUGAUGAAAGAAUUGAUGUAUGGUCAUUAGGUUGUCUUUUAUACACUGCAGCCUACAAUAGAUCUCCAUUUGAGGUUUCUGAUGACGAACCUUCAGGAAGUGUCGCUCUUAAAGUAUUAAGUGGUUUACCCUCGCCAUUUCCUUCAACAAACUAUUCAAACGAAUUUAAUCAAUUAAUACGUAACAUGGUAAAUUUAAACAAAGAUGAUAGACUACAUAUAAAUCAAAUAAUUACGGAAAUAGAAAAUAUAUUAUCAAAAAAUUAA